AUGGAUGGCUUCUUCAACUACCCGCUUGUUGUUCAGGGUCUGGUCCAUCGCGAUAGGGUUGAAUUAGCGCUCGUCUAUAACCCAGACGUCUUAUCCAGCGCUCAGAUUGACUCCCUUGCACAUCAAUAUGACCACGUCGUGCAGCAACUGCUUCGACAGGACGAGACGCCCCUCGCUGAUGUGGCCGUCACCAGCGCUCUGGAUGUAGAAAAGGCCGUGGAGUGGAACAGCCGCGAGAUACCAGACAUUAUGUCGACUUGCGUCCACACACUCUUCGAAGAGCAGGCGCGUCAGCGACCAGAAGCGCCAGCGGUUUACGCGUGGGACGCGCAGCUGAACUACCACGAGCUUGAUAUCGCCGCCAACAAGCUCGCCCAUCAUCUCGUCACCGAAUACGGGGCUCGAUGUGACGAUAUAAUCCACGUGUGCUUCGAGAAGUCCGCAUGGUUCAUCGUUGCCAUUCUCGCCAUCAACAAGGCGGGCGCCGCGUGGUCAGCACUCGAUCCAACGCAUCCGUCAGAUCGUCAUCGUCAAAUCACCCAGCAGACGAGCUCGAGGAUCACGCUCGCAUCACCAACCACCUAUAAGCAGUGUGCAGGACUCAUGGCCAGCGUCGUGGUAGUCUCUGCGGAACUCGACUACACACUGGAUGCGUCUCUUGGCCUCCAUGCCCCAGAAACUUCGGUUUCACCUGAUAACGCGGCCUAUGUCUUGUUCACUUCUGGCAGCACUGGAGUUCCCAAGGGCUUUGUGAUGGAGCACGAAUCAGUUUGCACCAGUCAGACCGCGAUCAUCAAGAGACUGGGCAUGGGAUCAGAUGCCCGCAUGCUGCAGUUUGCAUCCUAUGUCUUUGAUGCCGUGAUCCUUGAGGCAAUCGGCACCUUGAUUGCGGGAGCUUGUAUCUGCAUUCCAUCAGGCCACAUGCGGAUGAACAAUCUGACGGAGUUUUUGCAGGAUGCUCAAGCUACCUGGUCACUCCUGACGCCUUCGUAUCUACGCACGCUUACGCCGGAUGACAUACCAAGCCUCAAGGUGUUGAUAGCCACAGGAGAGGCCGUGGGCAAGGACAUCAUUGACGCAUGGCAUGGUCGGGUGCGUCUCUUCAACGGCUGGGGACCUGCCGAGACAUGCGUGUUCAGCACUCUCCAUGAAUACGGCCCUACCGACACUUCCCUUACCAUCGGUCGCCCGGUUGGUGGAUGCUGUUGGAUCGUUGACCCCAAAGACCCGCAACGUCUCGCGCCCACAGGCUGCGUUGGUGAGAUUGUCAUUCAAGGACCGACCCUCUUGCGCGAAUACCUAGGGAACCAACAGCUCACUGAACAGAGCAUGGUUCGGUCGCUACCCAGCUGGUCGCCCCGCCGUGAUGAAACGCGCUUCAACCGGUUCUACAAGUCCGGCGACCUUGCCGUCUACAACAAGGCCGAUGGCACCAUUGAGUUCGCAGGUCGAAAGGAUACCCAGGUCAAGAUCCGCGGCCUGCGCGUGGAGCUGAGCGAAGUCGAACAUCACGUCCGUGAAGCGCUUGAGGAGGCCUGCCAAGUCGCCGUGGAUGUCUUCAAGACCGACGCCGGGUCACAUCUGGUGGCCUACUUUUGCUUCACCAACGACAUGCAGGCUGAUGGCCCGCUUAUCGGCCCCAAUGGUCCCUUCAUGUCCAUAACAAGCAGGCUCAAGAGAACCAUUGCAACGAUGGCUGGGCAGCUCGCCGUUCGCUUGCCCCAGUACAUGGUGCCCACACUUUUCAUCCCUUGUCGGUACAUGCCCGUCAUCACCUCCACCAAGUUGGACAGGAAGAAGCUCCGGAGUGCAACGGCCGCCCUCGACCGACAAGAGACUGCCCUGUACUCGCUCGCGGAUGGAAAGCAUCGCCAGCCCGGGACUGAAGCCGAAGUCCGCAUGCAAAAGCUUUGGUCCGAUCUCCUGGGUCUGCCGCUAGAGAUGAUCGGCCGCGAUGACAGCUUCCUACGCAUCGGAGGCGAUUCCAUCUCGGCCAUCCGUCUAGUUUCCGCCGGUCGUCGGGCAGAAGGCUUGAUGGCGAUCGCCACUAGGCAAGCUGGCUCCUACGUGGCGAAGCAUGUCUACAGAUUGGAAAAUGCCGACAUGGGCCGCUUCAAGACCGCAUGGGAGACAACAGUUGACUUGUGUGCGAACCUGCGCACGAGGAUUGCGCUUUUCCAGGGCGAGUCCAUCCAAGUAGUCGUCAAGGAUGACAUUGCCUGGGAUACAGACGAUCAGUCUGAAAGCGACGCCAGCUUCAUGGGCUACGGCUCGAGGUUGUGUCGCUACAGAAUCACCCAAGGGGCCGAUGGCGCCAAGUACUUUGUUUGGAAGAUCCACCACGCCAUCAAUGACGGCUGGACGGGCCGUAUCGUCAUGGAAACACUCGACAAAGCCUAUCGCCACCCCGAAGUGAACGUCCGGGCACCGGCCCCAUAUUCUGACUUCAUCCGAUACAUUCUCGGCCUGAACCGCGAGCAUAGUGCUGCGUACUGGACCGAUCAACUGCGCGAUGCCAAGCGGACACAGUUCCCGGCAGUAUCACGGUCCUCGGCGCUGACGACUACCGAUCGCACCGAGGACAGGAAGACGCGCAUUCUGAAGACCAGCAUCGACUUCCCAGCGUCUACUGAUACCCGUGUGACUGCGGCUACCGUCCUUCGUGCAGCCUGGGCUCUGGUCCUCUCCCGACACACUGAAUCAGAGGAUGUCUGCUUCGGAACUACCGUGUCCGGUCGGCACGCCCCGAUGGAGGGCAUCGAGGAUGUAGUAGGACCUGUCGUUGCUACAGUUCCUGUCCGAGUCCAGAUCGACCGACAGCAAUCCGUCUCCAGCUUCUUGGACCAGAUACAAAGCCAAGCGACCAGCAUGGUGAUACAUGAGCACUUCGGCCUGCAGAAUAUCGCCAAACUGAGUUCCGAGGCUAGAGACGCCUGUGAUCUGUCGAGCCUGUUCAUCAUCCAACCCGCACAGCAACUUGAAUUUGCGGGUAUGGACUCCUCAUCACCGAUCAUGGAGGCUGCGACAGAAGUCGAGGAUAUGUCCAACACCUUUGAGGGCUCAAGCUAUGUCAAUUAUCCCUUCGUUCUACAGGCACACACCUACACCGGCCGCAUCGACCUUGUAGCCUUUUACGAUGCGUCUGUCAUUCAAGAGUCCCAGGUCCAGAUGAUUGCGCACCAUUACGAGGCCGCGGUACAAAGUCUCCUGGCACAAAACGACAACGACGCGUUGCUCGACAGUCUUAGUCUUACGGGCGUUCAGGAUAUCUCACAAAUCAUGCUGUGGAACAGCAACUCUCCUCGCCUUGAGAACGCUUGCCUGCAGGAUCUAUUCGAAAGGACACGCGCCAACAACCCUGAUAGAGACGCGAUUUGCUCUUGGGACGGAACUCUUACGUACGGAGAACUGUAUCGUCUGUCGACAGAGCUCGGUAAACACCUCGCAGGGCUUGGAGUUGGGCCCGAAACAGUUGUGCCGUUUUGCUUCGAAAAGUCCCUUUGGGCAAUCGUGGCCAUUAUGGGUAUCGUGAAGAGCGGCGGUGCGUUCGUGCCCCUUGACCCUUCACACCCCUCAUCGCGACACGAGGCGAUUAUGCGUCAAGUUGGUGCCAAAAUUGUCCUCACUUCUCCCAGCUUAGAGGCGUUAUUCCUGGACAGGGUCGCCACGGUCUUGUCUCUCUCGGACGAUUUCUUUCCCGAACCCCAUGUUCUCGGCCAACCAUCCCGUUCUGAGGCCGAGAGCAACAUCAUCAACCCCGCCAGUCCGCAUAACGCCGCGUAUGUCAUCUUCACGUCUGGAUCAACGGGAACCCCUAAGGGCAUCGUAGUUGAGCACGCUGCCCUUUGCACUAGCAUCCUCGGCCUCAAGAACGAGUUUGGAGACAGCCUCAGCUCUCGCGUGCUGCAAUUCUCAAGUCACGUCUUUGAUGCCUCGAUCAUCGAGAUUCUGGGAACGCUUGUUUUCGGAGGGACGGUCUGCGUGCCCUCUGAGGCGCAAAGACUUCAGGACAUCGCAGGUUUUCUCACUGAGGCCCAAGUCAACACGGCCAUAGUCACCCCUCUCGCUGCCACCACUAUUGGCCGGCCGUUUAACGCCCGCUGCUGGAUUGUCGAGCCUGAUAACCAUGAUGUUCUGACGCCUCUGGGAUGCAUCGGCGAGCUUGUCGUUGAGAGUUAUGCUCUCGCGCGCGGCUACCUUAGUGACGAGCAGCGAACAAACGAGAUGUUCCUCGAGCACACUGCCUGGUCGUGGACCGCAACAGAGACCAACAGACCGAGAUUGUACCGCACAGGAGACUUGGUGCGUUACAAUCCAGAUGGCACCAUGGCAUACGUCGGCCGAGCCGACACGCAGGUCAAGCUUCGCGGCCAGCGGAUUGAGCUGACGGAAAUCGAACACCACAUCAAGAGCUCCUGUGUGGAGAUCAGUCACACAGUCGUUGAUGUGGUCCAUGGCGAUUCCAGCGAAACUCUCGUAGCCUUCCUCUCCUUCGACGACAUUGACGGCUCCGCCAGCCCCGAAGAUGCCAGCAUCAAGCUACUAGCCGUGGAAGGGCUUGUUCAAGCUCGCCUCGCCAAGAUUCUGAGCGACCUUCAGGCCGACCUGCCAAGAUACAUGGUUCCGGGGCUUUUCCUUCCACUUAACAUAAUGCCUUUCGGCCAGUCGAUGAAGUUGGACAAGAAGCAAUUGCAAGCUAUUGCGGCAGAAAUCUCACAGGAGGAGCGUGCUAUGAUUGCGAGCUUGAUCAGCCACCGCGACAGAGUGGCCCCUUCGACAGAGAUGGAGGUCAAGCUACGCGACCUCUGGGCGCAGGUGCUGAACAUCAAUCCCGAAAACAUCAGCCGCCACGACAGUUUCCUUCGCAUUGGAGGGGAUUCGAUCACAACCAUCAAGCUGACUACUCAGGCACGUCUCCUCGGGAUCGGUAUCACAGUGGCAUCCGUGUUCAAGGACUCCCAGCUCGACAUCAUGGCGGCCAACGCUACAACCUUGGAAGACGAGGUUGCUUCAAACGCCGAACCAUUCAGCUUGCUCCCCGUUUCCGAGAUUGAUGUUGCUCUCUCACAUGCUGCCGAACAAUGCGGCCUUCCGGUCGAGGCUAUUGAGGAUGUUUAUCCCUGCACGAAGCUUCAGGAAGGACUUAUGGCGUUAGCCGUCAAACAGGCCAGAACAUAUAUCGCCCGUUUCUCCUUCCGACUUGCGGACCAUGCUGACGUUGCCCGUUUUAAAGCCGCGUGGGAGCGCACCGUCUCGCUCUGCGGUGUUUUGAGAACCAGAAUCGUCUUCUACAAGGGCUCUUUCUACCAAGUUUUGGUUAAGGAGGACGUGGAUUGGACUACGCUGGGCUCCCAUGAUCUCUACUCUUCGGCAAUUUCUAAAAAUGCUCGAGAAGUCGAGAUGACGAGCGGCUCGAGGUUAUGCCACUAUGCCUUGGCCAAAAGCAACGACGGAUCUACCCACUUCACAUGGGUCAUUCACCAUGCCGUCUACGAUGGUUGGUCAAUCCGGCUUAUCACGGAGGCUCUCUAUCGUGUGUACUACGGCACCGAGACAAUCGAGUCCGCUCCUCGACCGUAUUCAGACUUUAUCCGAUACGUCAACGGCCUCGAUCGUGAAGCCGGAGCCGAAUACUGGACAACUCAGUUGCAGGACGCCAAGCGUGCCAACUUCCCUUUGCCGAGCCCAUCUUCAGCUCUCGCAUCAGGGAGUGAUACUAGCCGCUCGCUCCAUCAGACGAUACAACUGCCUCCUACCACAGGAAUGCAUUCUUCCGUCACAAAGGCCACGAUUCUCCGUGCGGCAUGGGCGCUUCUCCUAUCGAGCUACUCCGACAGCGACGAUGUCUGCUUCGGCACGACCAUUUCCGGUAGACAAGCCCCGGUUGCGGGCAUCGAAUCCAUCACCGGGCCCAUCAUCGCUACGGUUCCCUUGCGGGUACGCCUCGAUGGACGCCAACAGAGGACCGUAUCGGACUACCUUGUCGAUGUCCAGAACCAGGGCAUCGACAUGGUGCCGUACGAGCAGUUCGGCCUCCAGGCCAUCGCCAAGCUUAGCCGCGAUGCCAAGGAGGCAUGCGAUUUCAGCAGUCUGCUCGUCAUCCAACCCAUUUCCCACCUCGCAUACUCGGACGACUCCUCCGGUGCGCUUUUGGAGUCGUCGCGGUCCAAGGAAGAAGCCACGAAAGAGCUCCAGGGAUACUUCAACUACCCCCUCGUGGCUCAGGGACACGUUCACGACGACCAUGCCAAACUCGUGCUCAUCUACGACUCUCGCGUCUUGUCCGAGGACCAAGUCGCCACCCUUUCGCACCAGUUUGCCCAUCUCGUGCAGCAACUGGGCGAUGCGCACAAGGAUGAGCCUCUCGCGGAUAUCAACAUGGCCGGCCCAUGGGACCUACAGCAGGCAGUAGAACGGAAUAACAACCAGCCCGAAGUCGUCGAAGACUGCGUACACCACUUUAUUGAACGCCAUGCUCGCAAUGCACCCGGGUCACUCGCCGUCAGCGCAUGGGACGGCGAGCUCACCUAUAGCCAGCUCGACGCCGCCAGCGACAGGCUGGCAGCCCAUCUUGUGAGCGAUCUCAGCGUUGCCAACGACCACGUGGUGCAUGUCUGCUUCGAAAAGUCCGUUUGGUUUUUUGUAUCCAUUGUCGCACUGAACAAGGCCGGAUGUGCUUGGGUUCCUCUCGACCCGUCUCACCCACUUACACGCCAACGCGACGUGGCCCGUCAAACGGCGGCAAAGCUCGCGCUGAGCUCGCCUUCAAAUGCGUCAAUGUGCGCCGAGUUGGUGCCGCACGUACUCGAAGUAUCUUCAGCGCUUGACGACAUGCUCCGUCGGUCUGGCCCCGGCCUGUCGUGCUUAUCGGGCCGUGGCGUCACACCAAGAAAUGCCUCGUACGUCCUGUUCACCUCGGGCAGUACAGGAACGCCCAAAGGUCUGGUCAUGGAGCAUCGAUCUGUUUGCACGGCCCUGGUGGCUAUUGGCAAACGGGUGGGUAUUCAUUCCGGUGCCCGAAUGCUUCAGUUCGCGUCCUACGUUUUCGACGCGUGUAUCGGCGAGGCCCUCGGUGCCUUCAUAGCUGGGGCAUCCAUCCACGUUCCCUCCGAGGAGAUGCGAAUGAAUUCCCUGCGGGAGUUCAUCAGAGACCAGGAAGUGACUUGGGCUCUUUUGACGCCCGCCUUCAUUCGAACACUAGCGCCUGAUGACGUGCCCUCGCUCAAGACUCUGAUGUUGGCUGGUGAGGCCGUCGGCCGAGACAUUCUGAGGCAGUGGUUCGGAAAGGUUCGUCUCUUCAAUGGCUGGGGACCGGCCGAAACGUGUGUUUUCAGUACACUUCAUAAGUGGGAAUCGGCAACGGACUCACCUCUGACAAUCGGCAAACCCGUCGGUGGCUGCGUUUGGCUUGUUGACCCGGAGAAUCCUCAACGGCUUGCCCCCAUUGGGUGUGUUGGAGAAGCCGUAGGCGGAGAUGAAGAGCAAGAUGUCUUUCUUCCCUUUACAACGGAUCUCAAGCAACAGAUCUCGGCUAUGGUUUCUGCCCUGAGUAGCAAACUGCCUCCCUACAUGGUUCCGACAAUGUUCAUCCCCUGCCGGUCAAUGCCGGUCAUCUCAUCGACCAAGCUCGACAGGAAAACACUCCGGUCCCUGACGUCGUCGCUUGCAAAGGAACAUUUGGCCUCAUAUUCACUCGUGGACGCCGAGAAACGCCUACCCGAGACUCUGCUAGAGUCCCGUCUGCAGUCGAUCUGGGCAGAGGCCCUGGGCAUCCCUGCCAAGAGGAUCGGUCUCGACGACAGCUUCAUCGCGCUAGGCGGCGACUCUAUUGUGGCCAUCUCUGUAACUACAACAGCUCGCGAGCAAGGCAUCUUACUGGCCGUCGCCGACAUUUUCAAUGACCCCCGCCUCUGUGCCGUGGCAGCGAAAGCCAGGCUGGUGUCGGCCGAUCUGUCGACGGACGAGGUAGAGCCCUGGAGCCUGCUACCCGCAAGUGAGCAUAAUCACGUCAAGGAGACUGCCAUGGAGCAGUGCAAGAUCUCAGCCGCUCGCGUUGUCGACGCGUUCCCAUGCACCGGCAUCCAGGCAGGCCUCAUCACUCUUGCCGAGAGGUACCCGGGGUCUUAUAUGGCUCGGUUCAACAUCCCGCUUCCCAAGAUCGUGGACCUUGAGCUGUUCAAAGAAGCUGUCACCUACAUGGUGCGUGCCUGCGAGAACCUUCGCACCAGGUUCAUCAUGACCACACAGGGUCCACGCCAGAUUAUCGCGCACGAAGCAGUGACAUGGCAGAACCGUGAGCCCCUGCCUCUAGCCGAAGUCUCUGCAAAGCCGCCCCCGUCGGUUGGGUACGGCAGUCGCUUGUCGUUCUAUACUUUGGCACAAGAGAGGGAUCAGCUGUACAUGGUAUGGGACUUACAUCACUCAAUCUUCGACGGCUGGACGAUGGGUCGCAUGACCCAGAUCCUCCAAGAUGCUUGCGCCGGCAGCAGGAUCGUGCAACCCCUGUCUUACAACAAGUUUGUCAGAUACACGGCCUCACAGACCCAAGACCAGGCACGCGACUACUGGAUCUCUCAACUUGACGGCGCAGACCCCGUCGAGUUUCCGGCUGUCCCCGCCAACAUCUCCGAAAUCCGCUGCGACGGGGCUGUCUUGCGUAGCAUCACAGUCCCGGAGCGGCCGGGCUCCAACAUUACGACGGCCACCAUCCUGCGGGCAGCCUGGGCCGUUAUUGUGUCACGGUAUAGUGGCAGCGGCGGGGUCGUCAUCGGAAGCACCAUCUCCGGUCGCGGGGUUCCGAUCCCGGGGAUCCAAGACAUUCUUGGCCCGACCAUCGGCACGGUCCCGGUGCACGUCAAAGUCAACGGGUCCGACCGCAUUGUCGACUUCCUAGGUGACGUGCAGAGCCAAGCAAACGCCAUGAUACCCUUCGAGCAUACUGGCUUGCAGACGAUUGCAAAGCUUAGCCCCCUUGCCCGCGAUGCGUGUGAUUUCAAGAAUCACCUAGUUAUCCAGCCGGGCGGCAAGCCGGCCAAUGCGCCCGAGACCUGCAUCAAGAUCAACGACAUGACGGCUGGAAAAAAUCAGAGCUACGACGUUUACCCAUUGGUCUUCCAGUGUGUGGUGGGUGACAAGAGCGCGGUGGAAAUCAUGGCAUCGCACGACACCCGCGUCAUUCCGCCAGUGAUGAUGGACCGCAUCUGCGACCAGUUCGCCCACGUUGCUAUGCAGUUGUCCACCGCGGACCGGAGCCUUCGCCUCUCGGACAUGGAGCUUUGUGGACCGCACGAUAUCAGACAGAUCAGUCAGUGGAACAUGACCAGGCCGCCAACCGCCGUUCGCGAGUGUGUCCACGACAUGAUCUCCAAGCGAGCCGCCUCCCAGCCGACACAUCCUGCCGUGGACUCGUGGGACGGCCAUUUGACCUACAGCGAGCUAGAUCGUCUAUCCGAUGUCCUUGCUAACCACCUGCGCACCCUCGGCGUCUGUCCGAAUACCCAUGUUCCGAUUUGCUUUGAAAAGUCCAUGUGGGCAACGGUCGCAACGCUGGCUGUCCUCAAAGCCGGCGCAGCCUUCGUUCCCCUUGACCCUACCUAUCCCGAGACACGCCGCCGCCACCUUGCAGAACAGGUUGAAGCCGAGGUCGUUCUUGCCUCUCCGACGACGUCGCCAUCUUGUGUCGGUACAGCACCCACAAUCGUUUCCGUUUCGGCAACUCUUCUAUCACAGCUACCGAAUGGAGAAUCGACAACCGGUACAAGGACUACCUCCAACACGGCCCUCGCAAGCCCCGAUACUGCUGCUUAUGUCAUUUUUACUUCCGGUUCCACAGGAAAGCCCAAGGGUGUAGUGGUUGAUCACAUAGCCCUCUGUUCCAGUAUCAUGGGCCACGGGACCGCUUACGGUCUGAGCCCGUCCUCGCGGGUUCUACAGUUCUCCAACUACGCGUUCGAUGGCAGCCUGAGCGAGAUCCUGACACCGUUGGUGCUUGGCGGAACCAUUUGCGUUCCCUCGGAUACGGAUCGGCUGCAAGAGACAGCCAAGUUCAUCCGCGACAACCAUGUCAACGUGGCAAUGUUAACCCCCUCCUUUGCAACCACACUGACCCCCGAGGAGGUACCUGGUCUCGAGACGCUUCUUUUGGGGGGCGAGGCCUUGACGAUGGAGAACCUCGACACCUGGUUCGGCCACGUGAAGCUGAUCAACGCAUACGGACCCACAGAGGUGUGUGUUGACUGCGUCUCGCACAUCUUCACCUCAGUGGACGAGUCGCCAACAACCAUAGGCCUCAGUCAAAAUGCAACAUCGUGGAUUGUAGAUCCACAAGACCACGACCGCCUGGCACCGAUAGGGUGCGUCGGAGAAUUGCUCGUGCAGGGAUACGCGCUGUCCCGUGGGUAUCUCGACGAUGCCGAGCAGACUGCCAAGGUCUUCAUCAGCAAUCCCGCCUGGCUCCAGCACUUCAUGUCGAAUCCUGGACCGCUGCAGAGAUUCUACAAGACUGGUGACCUGGUCAAGUACAACGACGACGGCUCAAUAGAGUACCUAGGUCGUCGGGACAACCAAGUCAAGCUGCGGGGUCAACGCAUCGAGCUCGCCGAGAUCGAACACCAGAUGAAGAGAGCGUGUGCCGAUGUUGAACAUGCCGCUGUGGAGGUUGUCAAACGGGAGUCCGGGGCUACCUUGCUCGGCUUCGUGACCUUCCGGGCUAGUGGAGAAGAAUCACCCGAAGCGUCAUCUUCCUCAAGCCGAAGAGACCCGGAUCUGGUCCUACUUCCUAUGGACGAGACCUCGGAGGCGAGAGUUAUCUCAAUUCUUGCCAGUCUCAGAGCUGUGCUGCCGGACUACAUGGUUCCUAAACACAUUUUCCCCUUGCGGGAUAUGCCAUUUGGUUCUUCCAUGAAGCUCGAUAGGAAGGCUCUCCGGGCAUUCUCGAGUCAUCUGACGCUCGAAAGCUUGUCGACCACGGCAUUGGUGGGUGCUCGUGAGCCAUCAUUGUCCCUGCCAACUUCCAAGAUGGAACUGAAGCUUCGCGAUGUGUGGGCUCAGAUCCUUCAUAUCUCUCCGUCGAGCAUUGAUCGAGAAGACAACUUCCUGCGAAUUGGCGGUGACUCGAUCACCGCUAUCCAACUCGUCACCCUUGCCCGCAAGAACGACAUCAACAUCACAGUCAGCUCCAUUUUCAAGGAUGCCCGGCUCAGCAGCCUUGCAUCAAUGGCCACGGUUGCCGGCGGCAAUGUCACGGACUUGGACGCCGUGCCUUUCAGUAUGUUGAAGGUAUCUUUGGUGGACAAAAUCCUCAAUCAGGCUGCUGAGCAAUGUGGCCUCACGAGCUCUGGUGCCAUCGAAGACGCAUACCCCUGCUCCAAAUUUCAGGAAGGACUCAUGGCACUGACCGAAAAGAUGAAGGGAUCCUAUGUGGCCAAGCUACUUUACAAGAUUCCUAGCGACAUCGACUUGGACAAGUUCAAAAUGGCGUGGAAAAAGACAGUCGUUCUGUUCCACAAUCUCCGCACCAGGAUCGUAUUCCUAGACGGAGCUACAAUCCAGGUCGUUGUACGGGACCAGGAAGCUGUGUGGGACUCCUUUGGGGACGUCAGCGUCCAUGACGCGUUGGAUGGCAAACCUGAGAUGACUUAUGGCUCCCGUCUCUCUCGGUACGCCGUUGCCAAGGGGGAGGAUGGCUCGAACUACUUCGUCUGGACGUUGCACCACGCCAUCUACGACGGCUGGUCUCUGCGGAUCAUCAUGGAAACCCUGCACAAGAUAUACUACGGCGAUGACGACCACGAGAUUGUUCCAUACUCGCGGUUCAUCAAAUACAUUGGCGAAGCUGACCACGAGGCGGGUAGUCGGUACUGGAGCCAACAGCUCCGGGAUGCUAGGCCGGCAACCUUUCCACCUCCUGGCCGCGCAACGGGGCCUUUCAAAACCCGCGUCACCAGCACCAUCAUCAGCUCUCCGACUUCAGGCGGCUCUGCCGUAACCAAGGCCACGAUCCUCCGUGCGGCCUGGGCCAUACUACUCGCACGCUACUCCGAAGACACAGACGACAUAUGCUUUGCCACCUCUGCCUCAGGUAGACAAGCUCCGGUGCCAGGCUUGGAAGACAUGGCCGGUCCAGUUGUUGCCACAGUCCCGCAUCGAAUCCGUCUUAACCGGGAACAACCUAUCUCCCAGUUCCUCUGCGACGUCCAGGACCAGGCAUCCGAGAUGGUACCAUUCGAACAAUUCGGUCUGCAGGAGAUUGCAAAGUUGAGCACCGAGGCGAAAGAGAUCUGCGACUUCUCUAGCCUGUUCGUCAUACAGCCGGGCCAGUCUGAAGACGAGGCUGCUGACGGAACACCUGGUCAGAUUCUCGUCACAGCCAGCUCUGAACAGUUCCAUGGAAGCGAGAACAUCGAAGGCUACUUUAGCUACCCUCUCGUUGCACAAGCUCACGUUUUCGAAAACUUCGUUGAGCUCAGUCUCAUCUACGACGCCAAUAUCUUACCCGAAUCCCAGAUGACGGCUUUUUCCAACCAGUUCGACAACAUUGUGCAGCAGCUUCUCCCCCAAAAUCAGAGCCCGCUGAGCAGCGUUUCCGUUGCCGGAUCCUUCGACCUACAACAGUCAAUGCAAUGGAACAGCGAGUACAGCCCCAUCGUCAAUGCCUGUUUCCACCAACUCCUUGAGGAGCAGGCGGUCCGGAGACCGUCCGCACCCGCCAUCAUUGCGGCCGAUGGAGAGCUUACUUAUGCGGCCUUGAACCGAGCCGCGAACAGGCUCGCGCACCACCUCGUGAAGCUGGGCGUUGGGGUCGGCGAACUCGUGCACGUCUGCUUUGAAAAGUCGGUAUGGUUUUUCGUGUCCAUCUUGGCCAUCAACAAGGCCGGCGCCGCCUGGGUCCCGCUAGAUCCAUCUCAUCCCGAGCAGCACCAAGCACGAGUAACUCAACAGACCAAGGCAAAAUUGGCGCUGGCAUCGGUGAUCAACACCCCGCGGGUUACUGGCCUCGUGUCGACCAUAGUGGAAGUCUCCAAAGAACUCGAUGACACGCUUCAACGGGACCUCAAGACGGACAACAGCAAGCGUGCACCGAAGGCGAGUGUCGGCCCUCGGGACAUUUGUUACGUCCUCUUUACAUCUGGCAGCACGGGAACGCCCAAAGGUGUUGUCCUGGAGCAUAGAUCCGUCUGUACGAUGCAGACGGCCGCUGGCAAGAGGCUCAAAAUGACGCACGAUGUACGCAUCAUGCAGUUCGCCUCGUACGUCUUCGACAUGUCCGUCGCCGAGACAAUCAUGCCACUGAUCCACGGAGCGUGUGUCUGCGUGCCUUCGGACGAGAUUCGGGUGAGCGGACUUCUCUCUCAGUUCAUCCGCGACAUGCGCAUAACUUGGCUAUUCCUCACGCCCGCCUUUGGCCGCACUCUCAAGCCCGACGAGGUGCCUGGCGUGGAGGUUCUCCUCCUAGGCGGAGAGGCCCUGAGCCGUGAUAACUUGGAUACGUGGCUCGGGAGAGUUCGACUGGUCAAUGCAUGGGGCCCAACCGAGACAUGCGUCUUUGGCACCCUUCACGAACUGGAUCCAUCUGACGAGAACCCGUCCCAUCUUACAAUCGGUCGCCCCGUCGGCGGUAAAUGCUGGAUUGUUGAUCCUCGAAACCAUGAUCGGCUCGCGCCCAUCGGGUGUGCCGGCGAGAUCGUCAUUCAAGGCCCCACCUUGCUCCGUGAAUAUCUCGGAGACCCCACGCGGACGGAGGAGAGCACGGUCCGGCGCCUACCAGAAUGGGUGUCUCAGCUGCCCGGAUGGGACAGAUUCUUCAAGACGGGAGAUCUGGCCCGGUACAACGCGGACGGAACCAUUGAGUUCAUCGGCCGGAAAGAUGGCCAAGUCAAAGUCCGCGGCUUCCGCAUCGAGGUUGGCGCAGUAGAGUACAACAUCCGCGCCGUCAUGUAUGUCACCGACGUAGCCGUCGACGUCCUCAGGACCGAUGGCGGGGCAACUCUUGUGGGAUACUUUGUUUGUGCCAACGAAGAGAGCGACGGAAAGGAAGAUGACGGCGAUCUCUUUCAGGCCAUCACUCCCGGAUUUGAGCGGCGCAUUAGAGCCAUGAUCGGCGACCUACGGGCCCGGCUGCCGCAUUACAUGGUACCAACAACAUUCAUACCGUGUCGCAGACUGCCUUUCGUCACCUCGGACAAGCUCGACAGAGGCCUCUUACGGCAGCUCACAAGCGCCCUGGAUCGCAACGAGCUUGCUGCGUAUUCUCUCGUAGAUACGCAGAAGCGGGCCCCCGCCACAGCUAUGGAGCUGCGUCUUCGGCAUAUCUGGGCCGACGUCCUGCGUAUACCGGUAGAUUCCAUCGGCCGGGAUGACGACUUCAUUGCCCUCGGAGGCGAAUCUAUUGCAGCUAUUUCCGUCUCAACCAAGGCACGAGAGAGCGGUAUCUGCGUGACUGUAGCUAAGCUUUUCGAGGACCCUCGUCUCCUGGCCGUCGCUGCCUCGGCUACAUGGCUGAACGAUGGCCCAUUGGACGGAAACAGCGAGCCAUGGAGCCUCGUUCCGAGUGAAAACCGAGACAUGAUCAUUGGGACCGCCGUCGAACAAUGUCGACCACACCGACCCCUCCCCCCGCAGUCAGUUGUUGAUGCAUUUCCCUGCACGCCGAUGCAGGAAGGCCUGCUGGCCUUAGCGGAGACGCGUCCGGGAUCGUAUAUGGCACGAUUGACGAUCACAGCACGCGAGGGACUCCCAAUUGACAUGAACCGUCUCACGGCGGCCGUGGCCACCACUGUGUCGGUGUGUGACAAUCUCCGAACUCGCUUCCUCCUCUCUCCUCGGGGCUCCGUACAGAUCAUUGUCGACGAAGAGAUCACCUGGCAACAGCCAGACGAGAUUGUGCGGCUUUCGGAUGCUUUGGCUACGUCCACGCCUGUUGUUGACUACGGAACACCGCUAUCUUACUUCACUCUCGCCAGAGACGACCAGGACCGGGUCUGUGUGCUCUGGGAUAUACAUCACUCUGUCUUUGACGGAUGGACAAUGGGCCACAUGGUCCGUAUCAUGCAAGAAGCCUACUCCGGGAGUAGCGUAACGACCAGGCAGGUUUCCAUUGCCAACUAUGUCAAACACACGCAGAGUGUCACCAAGGAGGAGCUCCGUGACUACUGGGUUUCCCAGCUUGAGGGGGCUGACUCGGCCAAGUUCCCAAGCCUUCCCAUCGGCAUGUCGGGUUCCCAGGUCCGGUGCACUGGCGCUGUUAGGAGUCAUCUCCGCAUUACAGAGCGGCCUGGAUCAGCAGUCACAACACCGAGUCUCUUACGCGCUGCCUGGGCUUUCCUCGUGGGCCUUUACUCCGAGAGUGACCGCGUCGUGUUCGGCAGUACCAUGUCUGGCCGCACGGCGCCCGUCGUCGGAAUCGAGAGAAUCCUCGGCCCUACCAUCUCCACCGUUCCGGUUCAGGUCCACGUCGACCCUGAGCUGACAGUCGGCGAAUUUCUGACCAAGGUCCAGAAGCAAGCCAACGCAAUGAUCCCUUUCGAGCACACUGGGCUGCAGAACAUUUCCAAGUACGGGCCGGCGGGACAAAAAGCAUGCGACUUCCACAAUCAGCUCGUCAUUCAGCCCGCGGCUCCCGUUUCCGACGGCCUUCAGGAGGUCUCGGAUCUCCAAAUCACCGACGUCGCCAGCAAGAACGAAAGCUUCGACAUCUAUCCUCUCGUGAUGCAGUGCAACGUCGGACCCGAUGACAGCGUGGACGUUAGCGCAUCUUUCGAUCCAUGCGUCAUCCCAGAGACGCAAAUGCGCCGCAUGUGCGAGCAGUUCGAGCACGUCGUUAGCCAGUUGUGCGGGGCAGACGAAACCUUGAAGCUUUCCGAUAUCAACGUCUGCGGCCCUCAUGACAUGGCCGAGAUCCGUGAAUGGAACUUCGAGACCCUACCGCCACCCGAGGCCGUCCGUACCUGCGCACACGAUUUGAUCCGCCAAAAGUCCCUCGAGACGCCGAGAAAGGAAGCCAUUUACUCUUGGGAAGGGAACCUGACCUAUGGCCAGCUCGACGCUUUGUCAACAGCCUUGGCCACUCGCCUCAUUGGCCUCGGAGUCGGGCCGGAGGUGCUGGUUCCCAUGUGCUUCGAAAAGUCUAGGUGGGCGAUCGUUGCUAUGCUGGGCAUUAUGAAGGCCGGCGGCGCUUUCGUUCCCUUGGAUCCUACCAGCUCCCUCGCCCGCAAGCAGGAGCUUGUGCAGAGGGUCAACGCCCGGGUUGUUGUGCUAUCGUCGGCGCUGGCAGAACCCUGCGUCGAAUUGGCGCCGCAUAUCGUCCAACUCUCGUCAGCGUCGAUAUCCGAUCUUCUCUCUUCUUCUCAGCACGCAUCGGCACAUUCGAGCACUGUGCCGCCACCCAAAACUCCUGCCUAUGUCAUCUUCACAUCAGGAUCGACCGGGAAACCCAAGGGUGUCGUCGUGGAACAUACCGCUCUUUCCUCUAGUAUCAUGGGUCACGGCAAGGCAUAUGGGCUCUCUUCCCGUUCCCGCGUGCUCCAGUUUUCCAACUUUGUCUUUGAUGGUUGUCUCAGCGAAAUCCUUACGCCCCUAGUAUUUGGGGGCACCGUCUGCAUCCCGGCAGAAGGCGACCGUAUUCACAACGUUGCCCGCUUCAUGCACGAUGCCGACGUCAAUGUUGCGAUGCUCACGCCGUCGUUCGUUUCUACCCUUGCGCCGCAGGAUCUCCCAUGCCUCGACACACUCCUGCUGGGCGGCGAAGCUUUGACAAAGCAAAACGUCGAAACCUGGCUACCUGUCGUGAACAAGCUGAUCAAUGCAUACGGACCAACCGAGACCUGUGUCGACUGCAUGUCGCACAUCUUCCACUCCGCAGAUGAGUUGCCCACCACGAUCGGCCGCAGUCAGAACGCCACAGCCUGGAUUGUGAAUCCAAGCAACCACAACCUGCUGGCGCCCAUCGGCUGUGUGGGCGAGUUGAUUAUUCAAGGUUACACUUUGGCUCGCGGCUAUCACAACGACGGGGAGCAAACCCGGGCGGCAUUUGUCGAGAAUCCCGAUUUCAUGUCUGCCUUUGCUCCGACCGGACCGACACGCUUCUACAAGACAGGCGAUCUCGUCCGUUACAAUACCGAUGGCACAAUCCAUUACGUCGGUCGCCGGGAUACGCAAGUCAAACUACGAGGCCAGAGAAUUGAACUCGGUGAAAUCGAGCAAAUCAUAAAGCUGACGGCUCCCAACAUGAUUGAGCAUGCGGUUGUCGAUGUCGUCUCUCGCGACUCGGGCGAUGUGCUUACCGCUUUCUUGUCUCUCUUCAACAAU